AUGUCGACGACGCCAGCCUCGUGGCAGCGCGUGCUCGCCGAGCUUCCUCCUGCGGACGCGCCCCGCGACUCGGAGCGGCCAUGGACCGCGGAGGAGCACACGCGCUUCAUCGACGGCCUCGAGCUCUACGGCGCGGCGGCCUCGCCGCCAUGGGCCCUCAUCGCGGCUUGCGUCGGGUCGCGCUCCGAGUCCGAGACGAAGGAGCAUGGCGAGUUCUACCUCCACGCGCUUUUAACGCAGUCGCUGCUCGAGGCUAACCAGCCGCGCGUCUGGAGCGACGAAGAGAACGCAAUCUUCGAGGCCGCGCUCGCGAACGAGCCCAACAACGGGUCGCCGAGCUGGACCAAGAUUGCGCUCGCGCUGCCGGGCAAGACCGUGUACGACGUCAUGGACCACUACGAGCGCCUCGUGCGCGACCUCACGGCAAUCGAAAAGGGUAUUGAGAUGACCACAUCGUCCGUCGAGUCGGACCUCCGCGUCGCAAAUAUGCAGCUCAUUGCCAGCAUUGCGUCGGCCAAGAACCACAGCGACCUCCUCCAGCUCUUCCGGGACGCCCACGAGAACGCAUGUCCCGUCGAAGUCGCCACGUGCUUGGCGACUGCGGUCGUGGCUAUGGUCGCAAGCGACGACUCGGUGACCAAAGGCUUGGUCAAGCUCACGAUGGACGCCGCGCCGACGACCAAGCGCGGCGCCAAAGGCAAGCCACCGCUGGCGCACAAGAAGGCCAAGGCCACCAGUACACUAAAGCACGGGUCAUGCUAGUUGUUUGUAUUCUCUACUUACUACU